AUGUUUAAUAGAUUUGUUACAAGAAGUACUCCAAAGGGAGUAAGAUUCUUCAGCUCAACCAACUUGUCUCGUACUGCUCUCUUUGACUGGCAUGCUGCUCAAGGUGGUAAAAAUGUGCCAUUUGCUGGAUACGAGCUCCCAGUUCAGUACAAAGCUGGUUUAAUGAAGGAGCACCUUCACUGCAGAGAGAACUCCUCCUUAUUUGAUGUCUCUCAUAUGGGGCAACUCAGGAUCCACGGAAAGGAUAGAACUGAGUUCAUCGAAAGAAUUACUGUCCUUGACACCCAGACUCUUAAGACAGGAGAGGGAAGUCUUUCAUUGAUCACAAAUGAGAAUGGUGGCAUCAAAGAUGAUACUGUAAUUACUACUAAUGAGGACCAUAUCUAUAUGGUUGUCAAUGCUGCCUGUAAAGAAAAGGAUAUCGCCCACAUGAACAAAGUUUUAGAUGAUGAGUUCUCAAAUAAGGAUGUUCACCUUGAACUCAUUGAUGACAGAGCUCUCAUUGCAGUCCAGGGUCCAAAAACUCAAGGAGUUCUCGAACAAAUCUUUGAAACAUCUCUUAAAGACCAAUUCUUCAUGAACUCAACCGUGCUUAGAAUUCCUAAAUUGGAUACUGAAGUGAUUGCUACUAGAUGUGGAUACACUGGAGAGGAUGGAUUUGAGAUCUCAGUCCUUAAUGACAAGGCAGCAGAUCUUGCUGAUCUCUUGACUAGCAUCAAGAGCUCAGAAGGCAACUCCAUAGUUGCCCCAGCAGGUCUUGGAGCAAGAGAUUCUUUAAGACUUGAAGCUGGUCUCUGUCUUUAUGGAAAUGAAAUGAAUGAAGAUAUUUCUCCAGUUGAGGCUAUCCUUCAGUGGACCAUUACUAAGAGAAGAAAGAAAGAAGGAGGCUUCAUCGGACAUGAAGGGUACAUGGCCAAGCGUAAGAAGGGAGUAGUCAAGGAAAAGAGAUGCUGCUUCGUCUACGAAGGAAGAGGUGCUCCAGCCAGAGAAGGAGCUGAAGUUGUAGACAAUGAAGGAAAAACCAUUGGAAAAGUUUGUAGUGGUGGAUAUGGACCAAGUGUUGGCAAGAACAUCGGAAUGGCUUAUGUUAAGAACAAGUACAUCAAGGCUGGAACUGAAUUCCAAGUUAAGGUUAGAGGAAGAUCUUACCCAGUUAAGGUCACAAGAUUCCCAUUAACCAAGCCAGGAUACUACAGAGGAUAAGUUCAUAUUAGUUUCAAUGCAAUAA